UUCAAGCCGGAGUGUUUUAUUCUGCACACUGUUUCCGGAAGUUUUAUAACAAUAUGGCGGAUAUUCCAAACGAUGCUCCUCAGCAUUGUCCAGGAACCAGCAGUGAGCAAGCUGGCAAAGCUUCAGCGUGUCAGGGAUGUCCGAACCAGGCCAUAUGUUCCUCCGGUGCUCCCAAAGCUCCAGAUCCUGCCGUAGAGGAGAUCAAGCUGAAGAUGUCCACCGUGAAGCACAAGAUUGUAGUUCUGUCUGGUAAAGGAGGCGUGGGGAAAAGCACGUUCAGUGCGCACUUGGCUCACGCCCUGGCUGCUGAUGAAUCCGCAGAGGUGGCUCUGCUGGACGUGGACAUCUGUGGACCAUCGGUACCCAGAAUGAUGGGGCUGGAAGGAGAGCAGGUUCAUCAGAGUGGUUCGGGCUGGUCACCUGUGUAUGUAGAAGAUAACCUGGCCGUCAUGUCCAUCGGCUUCCUGCUCAGCAGUCCUGAUGACGCCGUGAUCUGGAGAGGCCCGAAGAAAAACGGCAUGAUAAAGCAGUUCCUGAGAGAUGUGGACUGGGGUGAGCUGGACUACCUGAUAGUGGACACGCCCCCGGGAACCUCCGAUGAACACCUGUCCGUGGUGCAGUACCUGAGUGGAGCGGGCAUCGAUGGAGCUGUUAUUAUAACUACACCACAGGAAGUGUCUCUGCAGGACGUACGGAAAGAGAUCAGAUUCUGUCAGAAGGUGAAGCUGCCCAUCAUCGGCGUGGUGGAGAACAUGAGCGGCUUCGUGUGUCCCAAAUGCAAGAACACGUCUCAGAUUUUCCCUCCGACCACGGGAGGAGCUCAGCGGAUGUGCGAGGAGCUGAGUCUGCCUCUGCUGGGCCGAGUUCCUCUGGACCCACGGAUAGGUCGAAGCUGUGACGAGGGAAAGUCUUUCCUGAAUGAAGUGCCAGAUUCUCCAGCAGCCGCAGUCUAUCAGGUUAUAGUGCAGAGUAUAAAAGAUUAUUGUGCUUCCGGAUUCUCCUCUGAUGGAAACCCAAACGCAGAUAACAAGUGAACAUCAGCGCUGGACAACAGUCUGUGAUAAAACCUAUUUCCGGACUAAAUAGAGCCGAUGUUUUUAAAUGAAGCUUCCUGAAGUGAAAUGUUUCUAUUCAUACCACAGCAUUGUCGAUUUCUCAGUUCUGAUUGGUCAGAAGGUGUUGAUUGUUCGUUCUAAUACGUUGCAGUUUCUAUAGCAGCAGAUCAUCAGAUCAGAUAAAGUUUUUUUAUGUAACAUUUAUGGAAGGAGUCUCCAGUGUCAGCGCUUUGUAACUUUUUUUACGAAAACGAAAGUUUUCCAACAUCUUUAGGACAGAGUUUAUAGCUGCUAUAACGUAAGUGAGAACAGGAACUAACUUGUUUCGCGGACAUUAAACGUAACUAUAAACGGAUAAAGCGUAUGACGUGUUCAUUAAUAACUAACAAAAUUGUAAUCGCUGUUCUAGGUAGUAUAACUCUGUAAAUAGCUAAAAUAAAUAAAUAAAGCGUACAAAUUGUCCCUGAGAUGUGUUUGUUUGUUUAUGUGGUCACUGGUGUGAAACAGGUCACUGGUGUGAAACAGGUGACACACUUCCGAGUCAUAAGAGGAAGUUUGCGAGGGUGUGUUUAAUGCAGCAUUGAAACGCAGGUCUGAUCUACACCUGAUCUACGACUUCAUCAGCGUCAUUCCAUCCUGAUUUAUUUUUCUGCCGUCUGAUCAUCGGUUCUGUAAAACUGUGAUCCUGAACCGCUACAACUCGCUGGCUAAUCCCACGCUAGCACACUGCAUACGUGAGCAUAAGGAACAUGACUACAGUCAGAUUUAUCUAAUAUUUCAUCAUUAAUCUCAUAUUAAGCCUCUUUCUAGACACAAGAGCUUAAUUUAGCUUCUUUCUAGAAAUAAACACUUCGAAUUAACGAACAGAACGAGAUUCACCAUUUCAAG